AUGACCGUCGUACACGGCAGCGAUAUCAAAUCAGAAGAGAUGGCGCUUGCAUCAGAACCAAAUAUCAAAUGGACCGUACAUGUUGAAGUACGCAUGCGUCAACGAGCUACAGCACGGUUCGAGACGGUACAGGCUCGCGUGAACGAAUUUCUACUAUCUUCUUUCGAACGGUUCACCCUGCCAUCAGUAUUGACUGGUUGGGAAGAGGUUCCAGAACUGGCGUCCAGUGUAGAGCGCAUCAUAGUGGCCGAAUCAGCGUGUCCGCUGUCUUCUUUGCGAUUGGAGGAUACAUCCCUUCAAGUCCAUGUAUAUCAAACCUCCGAUAGCGACCCAUUUGAAGAAUAUUCCAGCUUCAAUAACGGUAACAGCGGAGAGGACGAUACAAUGGCUGCUUCUGUUUGCGAGCUUCCAAAUCAAAACCUGGACGGCCUCUGGGACUCCUUGAUAUAUGCUGAUGACAUCAAGCUCAAGCUGCUGGACUACAUCCAUGCUACCCUUGUCUUUAGCGAUGCUAACGUAGAUUUCAACCUCAUAAGCUGGAACCGCGUUGUUCUCCUUCACGGACCUCCUGGAACAGGGAAGACAUCGCUUUGUCGUGCGCUCGCUCAAAAAUUGUCGAUCCGUUUAUCUCAUCGUUAUCCGAACUCUCGCCUGCUUGAAAUAAACUCCCACUCCUUGUUUUCACGUUGGUUUUCCGAAUCUGGCAAGCUUGUGCAAAGGCUAUUCAGCAGUAUAACCGAGCUUGUGGAAGAAGAGGAUACAUUUGUUGUCGUUUUAAUAGAUGAAGUCGAGUCAUUGACGGCGGCUAGGGCCGGAGCCAUGGCUGGUACGGAACCAUCUGAUGGCUUAAGAGUUGUGAACGCACUCCUGACCCAGCUUGACAAGCUCAAACACCGUAAAAAUGUUCUCAUUAUGUCUACAAGUAAUUUGGUUAAAGCCAUAGACUCCGCGUUUGUCGAUCGCGCGGAUAUAGUACAAUACGUCGACCUUCCUCCACGUGAGGCUAUAUACGACAUUUUACGGACAUGCCUUUGCGAGAUUAUCUCCAAAGGGAUCAUCGCUCCUACUACCAUCCCCACCUUUAAACAGGCUCAGCUUCACGAACUGUCCUCGGACACGAAGAGUUUACCCCUCCUAUCGAGUGCAAACUCUACUACGCACGACAUAUCAAAAAGCCUCGCGUUGAGGCUCCUAGCUUUAUCAACAGAGUGUCGGAAACAAGGCCUGUCAGGUCGAGCUCUUCGUCGGCUUCCUGUGCUUGCACUCGCGCGGCACAUUGGUAUAUCCGCUGCAUCUGGUGUGCACGUCGCAACGUGGCUAGACGGCUUGGAGAAAGUCGUCGCCGAGAAGGCCGCUGCCUCCGAAAAGUUGAUAUAG